CGUCACCCGGCAGCGGAUAGACACAGCAUUGGCCGCCAUGGUGAACAUCGCAUUCAGCUCCCCGUUCUCCGGCAAGGCCCCGGCCAAGGACGCGCAGUGCCUGGUGCCUGACACGGAUCCUGAGGCUGCUACCCGCGGGACAGACAGUACCUCCACUGGCCGCUGCCUGCUCACCCUCUUGGGUCUGGCGUUCAUUUUGGCCGGGCUGAUCGUCGGGGGCGCCUGCAUCUACAAGUUCUUUAUGCCCAGGCACAAGUUGUUUGAAGGCCAGUUGUCCUACAUAGAGCACAGCGACCAGAACGAGGAGCCGUACUACCUUCCAAUAUCCGAAGAAGCCGAUAUCCGCGAAGACGACAACUUGGCUUUGAUCAAUGUUCCCGUGCCGUCCUUCUCAGUAGGCGACUCCGCUGCCAUCGUACACGACUUCGAUAGACUCCUGACUGCUUACCUGGACCUCGAGUUGCAGAAAUGCUACGUGAUCGCCCUGAACACCUCAGUGGUUCUCCCUCCCAAGAACCUGAUCGAUCUCUUCAAGAGACUCGCAGCUGGUACCUACCUGCCCCAGACCUACCUGGUCCGUGAGGAGCUGGUGGUGACAGAAAGAAUCACGGAUGUAUCCGACCUGGGAAUCUUUAUCUAUCAGAACUGUGUUGGACGGGAGACGUACAGACUGCAGAGGAGAGAUCAGAUCAUUGGGUUCCAGAAGAGGUCGGCCGAGACGUGCCGCGAAAUCUUUCACUUUGAAAACUUCUUUGCGACGCAUACUAAGAUCUGCGAGCAGUGAGCGAAAGGCGCUGUCCUCGCGUAGUCACUAAGAGGUUGCUGACUCCUCGUAUAACGUGCAGUGAUAAUCAGAGCAUUUUUUGAUGUGUGCUUUCUGCUUUUAGCUUCUGUAAGGACCUGCUGCGACAGGAACCUCAGGAAUAACUCACGUAGACACUUACUGGCCGUAACGCACUGUUCUGUAUGAAAUGUCACUUUGGUUUAGAUGAUGGUGGAUGCAAUAAAAGUUGUAUUCUUUGCACAAUCCUUCUCCAAUAAGAUGCAUAUAUCCCUCCUGCUACUAGGUGGACGCAUGUUCUGUGCUACUACUGUAUUACCUUCAUAUAUGUAUAUGUGCAGCUCUCCCAUAUAUACAUACGUAUCAUUAGAUGUAUGACAGGAGACUUUGUACAGUGACCAUAAGUAUUGUGUUGGGGUUGUGGUGUAAUAUAUUGGUUAUAGACUGCGUAUACUGGCUACUUCUUACUCUCCCAUUUAGCGUUGCACCCAUGUACUCAGUUGUAUUGCAGGGGUGCAGUAGCUUGGCCUGGCCUUCAGUCGGCGCUGUUGUUAUGUAUGUAUUCCAUCGCUCUGAAAUGGCUGUACCCCAAUAGACGUGUGGGGGGGGGGGGUUGUGUUUCCUCUCCGUAUUUAUCCGAUAGUCCUUCAGUAAGCGGCCUAACAACUCUUCAGCAAACGUAGCGCCCAUUUUCUCCUGUUACAUAACAUCCAAGUGCCAAUUGUUAUCACUACACUCCAGGACAUCGCAAUUUGUUUCUAGAAUAACAAUCCAUAUUUCCAAGACUCCGCUCCUUUUGUAGAAGUGCUGCAUUUCAGCCAUAAGCAGCGAGAACAUUAUGUGCUGUUCAGAGACCUGCGCUGGGGCGAUCUUCAGCGAGUCUUCAGUACACCCCCCUCUCAUUCUCAGCCUCCGCUGUUACAAGGCGCUGACUAUUUGUAUCUGGAACUCCGUUUUCCACUGAAGACUGUUUAUAAGUCACUCCUAGUUGCUGUAUUUCAUCCAUAUGGCAGCAGAGCACUACAUUGUUUUAUAGCCAGGAGAUGCCGUUAAUCCAGCUAACGCUACUCACAUACAAUGGCUGUGUUUCUCCCACGUAUGUUAAAUUGUGACUCUGCCGUCCUUUGUCUGUGGGGGGGUUGGUCAGGAAUAUCCCUGACGCGUGUCUUUAGAAGUUCCAUAUUCCGGUCUGUUUAUAGCUGUUCCUCUCUGUACGGAGGUGGUGAAGGGGAUAAAGAUGUGUCUAUUGGUGUGAUUUGGAAAAUUCCUUUUAACCUUUGAAAUAAAUAUGUUUCUCUAA